AUGAAGCCAACACGCCAGAGCGAGUCUUCAUCACGUUCGGACUUGUUGAUAGUCACCAAAACGACGGCGAGCUCCUGUGAUAGUCUGCAAAAAUCGGUGAUGUCUAGAUACACGUCUCUCCGGGAAAUCUUGUCGAUGAGUAGGCCGCCUCCUCCUCCUCCAACUCCGCCUCCAGCCUCACCUGUGAAGUCACCAGGUUGUAGGAGCGGCUCCGAGAUACCAAUAAGGAACCCACUGGUGAAGCAAGCGGCAUUGGCUUACCUGCAACCUAUGGCAGGAAGGCCACCGGGGACAGUUGUGGAGGAAGGUCUUUUUGGCAAAUUCAAAGAGGUUUGCUGCGGAGGACAAUGCGGUUGUCUCGAGUGGCUCCACGGCGUCGUCUCAAUGGACUUGUUCAGCACAGACGAAGAAGACGACAGCGAGCUAUUAAUGAGACGAAGGAAGACAGGUGGAGGAUGA